CAUCUUUCACAUUAUUGUAUAGUUCCAUCACACAAACAAAGAGAGUACGGAGCAGUAGCAAUUGAUCAUAGUGAGCCAUGGCUUACAUUCCACCGCACAAGAGACAAACAAAGGGUUCGCCGUCGCCGAAGCCAACUCCGGCGCCGGAAUCUUUGGUACCUUCUUUAAGAAAAAACCUGAAUACUAAGUCGUUUGGGGAACAAACGAGAAAGCAAAAAUAUUUGGGCGGGAAAAACAUCGUUUACGCUAAUGAUGCAGUUUCGAUAUGGUUCGCCGUUGGAUUAGCUGAUAAUUCUCAGUUUUCGUCCCUUGUGAGGCUCCAACCUGUUCCAGCGGAAUCCUUUGAGCGCAAAUCAGGCCAAAAUCCACACUCUUUGGUUCUAAUCGAAGGAUGAGCAGAUUAAUGGAAUUAAAGAUCUUGUUGGUUCUGCCAUUUUGGACCCAGAAGUUAAGGGUGGCUUGAGAUGGCCUUUUGGCAAGGAUU